UCCCGCCUAGGCCUCCCGGGUCCCCUCCCGGCCUCCUCCCUGCACUCCGGUCCUUGCGAGCGGGCACUGCUGCUCUGGACAGCGGCCGGGGAGGACGGCUCUCCAGAAGGAAAAUGCAGCUCUUGGUGUUGGUGGUCUGUUUGGUCCUUGGGACACUGCACUCCGAGGGGUCCAGAGGGAAGCGGGCAGCUGUGGAUCCUGAAGUAAACAUGAAUGUGAGUGAAAUUAUCUCUUACUGGGGAUUCCCCAGUGAGGAACACCUAGUUGAGACAGAAGAUGGCUAUAUCCUGUGCCUUCACCGAAUUCCUCAUGGGAGGAAGAACCAUGGUGACAAAGGUCCUAAACCAGCUGUCUAUCUGCAGCAUGGCUUGCUGGCAGAUUCCAGUAACUGGGUCACAAACCUUGCCAACAGCAGCCUGGGCUUCAUUCUUGCUGAUGCUGGUUUUGACGUGUGGAUGGGAAACAGCAGGGGAAACACUUGGUCUCGAAAACACAAGACGCUUUCAGUUUCUCAGGAUGAAUUCUGGGCUUUCAGUUAUGAUGAGAUGGCAAAAUAUGACCUACCAGCUUCUAUUAACUUCAUUCUGAAUAAAACUGGCCAAGAGCAAGUGUAUUAUGUGGGUCAUUCUCAAGGCACCACAAUAGGUUUCAUAGCAUUUUCACAGAUCCCCGAGCUGGCCAAAAGGAUUAAAAUGUUUUUUGCCCUGGCUCCUGUGGCUUCAGUGGCGUUCUCUACUAGCCCGCUAAUCAAAUUAGGACGAUUUCCAGAUCUUCUUCUUAAGGACUUAUUUGGGGACAAGGAAUUUCUUCCACAGAGUGCAUUGUUGAAGUGGCUGGCUACCCAUAUUUGCACUCAUGUCAUUCUGAAGGAGCUUUGUGGAAAUCUCUUUUUUGUUCUGUGUGGAUUUAAUGAGAGAAAUUUAAAUAUGUCGAGAGUGGAUGUGUAUACAACACAUUCUCCUGCCGGGACGUCUGUGCAGAACAUGUUACACUGGAGCCAGAACGUUAAACUUCAAAAGUUUCAAGCCUUUGACUGGGGAAGCAGUGCCAAGAAUUAUUUUCAUUACAACCAGAGUUACCCUCCCAUGUACAAUGUGAAAGACAUGCUUGUGCCGACUGCCGUCUGGAGUGGCGGUCAGGACUGGCUUGCGGACGUCAAUGACAUCAGUAUCUUGCUGACUGAGAUUACCAACUUGGUGUACCACAAGCGCAUUCCUGAGUGGGAGCAUCUCGACUUUAUCUGGGGCUUGGAUGCCCCUUGGCGGCUGUAUAAUGAGAUUAUUAAUCUAAUGAGGAAAUAUCCAUGAAAGCCAAUUGGGAAAUGUACCAAUGAGUCAGUGAUUCAGUCAUGUGAAAAUGUGUUUGUUUCAUUUCUGUAAAAUAUUUGUUUUCCUUUCCCAAGUCUUUUAUAUUUUUAUAUCCAAGAAAAUGAUGAUGUUGAAGAUGCCCUAUUCUCUCUAGUUAGAAUUAGAAACACCCGAGCUAUUUUUUGUUUAAUUAUGGCUGAAUAUGGAAAUAGUGUCUUAGCCAUAGUGUUGUCUCUUUAAGUUUUUUAAAACCACUGAUAUGUAAAAAGGUCAUUAUAACCAUUCUGUUUAUAUUGACUUUUUACCCACACACAGGACAAAUUAACACAUGAGCUCAGUUCUCAUGUCUUUGCCUUAAAGCGCUCUCCAGUCUAAUGGUCUUGUAUCUAGGGAUAUGAAUGACAUUUUUUCCCUGUGUUUUCAUGCAUUAUGUACAUAGUCAAAUCCAGUGCUAUCUCAGCUGUGCAUGUAAUGAAAGAUUCCAUAAUGAAUUUUGUCAAACCUAACUGUGACAGCUGCUAUUUAGCACAUGUUUAAAUUGCUCAGGCCAAGCCAAAUAAUUUUC